AUGGUUACAGGAAUUGAGGUUACGGGCAUUGCGCUAGCAAUAUUCCCGCUCGUCAUUGAAGGUCUCAAAUCUUAUUCCAAUGGCGCCAGAACGAUCAAGGAUGUGUUGCGCCCUCAAAUGGCCCUGAAGUCUCUGAUAAGAGAGCUCGGAAUGGAGCAAUGCAAAUUUGAGAACACUCUCACAUCUCUUCUCGAAGGCAUCGUCUCAGAGUCAGACCAGCUGUCUUUAAUGAAUGAUCCGGGGGGUGAGCUCUGGUACACGGAAGACUUGCAAAACACGCUGGAGUCUAGACUUCGUACGACUAAGGCGGUACAAGUCUAUGUAGACUCCAUGAAUGAUCUUCUUUUUGUACUUAAAACCUUGGAGGAUAAGUUUGUGCUUGGAAGUGAAUGUGAAUCCGAUGCCAAAAGGGCUCUAAAAAGAAAGUGGAAGAAUAUUCGACUUGUUCUUUCGAAAGAAGAGUACAAAGAACAAUUGAAUCAAAUUUCCAAAAUUAACUCCGACCUUCAGACCCUUACUGGACAAACCAACUCUACCAACACUGCCAUUGUCCAAACGACUGCAUCUUUAAAGAACUACAAGCGUAUACGUAAUUAUGCGAUGAGCCUUGACAAGGUCCUCAAAGAAAAGCUCCAGCCUUUAAAACCGUUUUGUCAAUGCUCAACCCCUCACAAUGCGAGCCUGCAAUUGGAAAUGAGAAACGCGACAUUUCGACAGAAGGGAUUUGGAAAAAACAUAUCCAUACGAUUCCACGUCGUGAUAUCUUUUGAAAGAGCGGUCGGUGCAGGAAUACCUCCGCUUAGUUCCUGGCGGGAUAUAGGGCUCGAACCUGUAGAUACUAGAGAGGAGGGAAAAUCCUUGGAGGACGAACAGACAGGAAAUACUGAUAGCUUUAGGUUUGGUGGGGCUGGAGAUGUGGAUUUGCACUCACAUUUGAUGCCCUCUCCUCCAGAGGUGGUUGUAAAGGAGAAUACGAGACGUAAAAUAUCCUCCUUUAUAUCGAAUAUAGCUAAGAGCGGAGUAACCGGUUUUCUCCGAGAGGACAAUACGUUGAGCAAAAUAUCCAGCCUUGCUGAACCACACAACCACAACCCUAUGCAACGCACCUCUGUAGAAGAUCCAUGGCCACUCAGGCCAUCUUCGCAGGUACCAAGGCGUGAGAGCAGGCCCACCACGCCCAAAAAUGUUUCCUUCACUGAGUCAUCGACUCCUCAAGUACCUGUGGCGUCCGGAAAACCUACCAACCGAAUUGAACAUAUGUGCUUGAUCAUGCAGCAAGAAGAAAGUGGCCAGUCUUGUCUUGGCGUCCUUGCCGACAAGAGCAGACAGUAUCUUGUCUGGCCGCUUAUACCAUCUUCGUCACCUGAAUCGACGGAGUUCAAAUCUCUUGGUAGCCUUCUCGCUCAACGCCAAAUGCCGAGAGUGAGAGAUAGGUUAAUCCUGGGAGUACAACUUGCUUCAACUGUUUUGCAAUUGCACAAAACCGGAUGGUUGAGCGAGAACUGGAAUAACGAGGACAUAUACUUUCACGGGAGUACCUCUGAAGGGCAAGUACCAGAUUUUAAAAGGCCUUUUGUUCGGCAAUCGCCCGGCUUGAGUUUACCGGAAACACAAGAGACUAAAAGGUCUACCCUUAUACCGCACGACCAGAGCCUCUUUUCCUUGGGCAUUAUUCUCGUGGAACUUUGGUACGCUCGUCCUUUAGAGGAGCUUCGAAAGGAGGAGGAUGAGUCGGAGUCCAGAGACGAUACAAAUUUCAAGACUGCAAAGCGAUUAGCUAGCCAAAUAUCGUCGGAUGCUGAUGCAAAAUAUGGUGAUGCCGUCAGACGGUGUAUUAAAGGCCUGGAUCACAGGUCUGAAAGCUUGGACGUGGAUGAUUUCAAAAGCGAAGUGCACAUGAAAGUGGUCGCCCCAUUGGUAGAGAGUUUGGAGUAUUUUUGCGACAAGGAUAUAAGUCAAAUAUUUCCAGAAAGGAGGAAGUUUUCGGUAUCAAGAUCUGCCUAG